AUGAAUUACUUUCGAUUAAGGCCUGAUUAAUUCUUAUUAUUAUGGGUUUCUUAAUCUCUUCAUUUUAUUUCUACUUUUCGUGUUUCAUGUUUUUUAUUUCUUAUUACCCUUCAUUUCCAAUGGAAUAGACUCUCAGAGAAGACUGAAACUUAGUGGGGCUGCUCCAACAAUGGCGGACCAUUCCGAUGAACAACACUCCUUCAGAACAAUUACCACUGCUUUCAUUCCUUUCAUUGGGGACGAUGAUUCUGAUGAUUUGGGUUCCGAGUUCGUCUUCAACAUCGAACCCACUUUGCUCAUUGAUCCUCAUUGUUUGAAGAUUGGUGAAGUUAUCGGGGAAGGUUCAUGCUCCAUUGUUUAUGAAGGACUGUAUGAUUAUCAGCCUGUUGCUGUGAAGAUUAUACAGCCAAUUAGAACAUCAGCUAUCAGUCCUGAAAAGAAGGAGAGAUUUCAGAGGGAGGUUAUGUUGUUAUCAAGAGUGAAUCAUGAGAACGUUAUUCAGUUCAUUGGCGCUUCCGUAGAGCCAACAUUGAUGAUAAUUACUGAGCUUAUGAGAGGUGGAACACUCCAGAAGUAUUUGUGGAGCAUCCGGCCAGAGACCCCAGAUUUGAAGCUUUCCUUAAGUUUUGCUCUAGAUCUAUCACGAGUAAUGGCAUACUUGCAUUCAAACGGCAUCAUUCAUCGCGACUUAAAGCCAAGCAAUCUACUGCUGACAGAGGACAAGCAACGGGUUAAGCUGGCCGACUUUGGGUUGGCUAGAGAGGAAAUAUCUGGUGAAAUGACUACUGAGGCUGGUACCUACCGUUGGAUGGCCCCUGAGCUAUUUAGCAUUGAUCCAUUGCCUGUUGGAGGUAAGAAAUGCUAUGAUCACAAGGCAGAUGUCUACAGCUUCUCAAUAAUACUUUGGGAAUUGCUGACAAACAAAACUCCAUUCAAAGGCAGAAAUAAUGUAAUGGUGGCAUAUGCCACAGCCAAGAACAUUAGACCAAGUCUUGAGGAAAUCCCAGAAGAUAUUGCCCCUCUCUUGCAGUCAUGCUGGGCUGAGGAUCCCAAUGGCCGUCCAGAAUUUACAGAAGUCACAGAUUCUCUUAAUAACCUUCUUCAAUCAUUUGUCUUAAAAGAAUCUUCACUUCUUAACAUAGACGACAAAACAGAGGAGGAGGUCGAGUGUGCAUCGGACACAUCGUCUUCUCAGAGCAAGAGAGAGCCAAAGGCUGGAAGACAUAGAAACUCUUCAUUUUGCCUCAAAUGUUGCCAAAACAUCUGCUUGUCGGAUUAACUGACAGGUUCUGUUUGGGGGCUAUGUUCUGGCAAAUAGGUGUAAAUGGUUGGUUAGAUUUAUUGAUUUUUCUCUUGUAACUACAGGUUCAUAGGAGGCGGGUUGUUACCCAGAUUCAGUUUUGUAAGAGACACUGUACAUAAAGGAUACGCAAAAAGAACAGCGAGUUAUAUAGCAGCUUUUGA